UGCGUCGCCGUGAUACGUCAUCACGUGGGGCGGCGUACUUCCUGGUUACUGUCAGUGACCGCAUGUUGUGCAGUUGAUCGUUUUUCUGCCAGAAGGAAUGGUUCCGUUCUGUCUGCGAACAAACUGGAUUCGACCGAUUCGGGUUGUUCUCACCCUCUUUAGUCUUCCGCGCACCGCUUACACUCCUGGAGUUUGGUCUGCUGUUUCCUGCUCAUUUUCUCAUCCCUUCAAAACCAGUCAUACGAUCAGACCAAUCUCUUCUAGUUUCUUUUACCACCAAAUGGCCAGUAUCUGCAUGAUGCCAUCCUCCGCAGUGCCUCAUGUAAAGUCCAGAUGCCCUCAGUACCCAGGAUCCAAUGUCAAACGCUUCCCGGUGCCUGACGCCAAUGUAGACUGGAGUCAGAAGUGGCCCCAGUACAGUCCGGUCAGCUACACUGCCCCUUCAGUAACAAAUAAACCAGCAUGGGCAGAUCCAGAUAUUGGCUCUUUCCAUCCACGUUUCAACUGCGUGGAUGGUAACGUGGACCGAACAAGCUUUGAGGGCAGCUACAACGUGGAAAUGGGAAAACCACUAAAUCCUCGUGGACGUACUGGCUUGACUGGUAGAGGCCUGCUGGGGCGAUGGGGACCUAAUCAUGCAGCUGAUCCCAUUGUCACCAGGUGGAAAGUUGAUGCCAAAGGAGCGAAGGUCCAUCAUCCAGUGUCCAAACGACCUGUGCUUCAGUUUGUGUCCAUCAAAAGGAAGGACUGUGGGGAGUGGGCAAUUCCUGGGGGGAUGGUGGAUCCAGGGGAGCAAAUUUCUCUGACGCUGCAGAGGGAAUUCUCUGAAGAGGCCUUAAACUCUCUUGCUGUUUUACCAUCGGAAAGGGCGGAAAUCCAGGAGCGCAUCAACAAACUUUUCAAAUCUCCAGGGUUUCAGGUCUAUAAAGGUUAUGUGGAUGAUCCUAGGAACACAGACAAUGCUUGGAUGGAGACAGUAGCAGUCAACUUCCAUGAUGAAUCAGGUAACAGUGUGAGUGAACUGCCACUACAAGCUGGUGACGACGCAGGACAAGUCCAGUGGGUGGACCUCGACUCGUCGCUGGCCCUCUAUGCCAAUCAUUCUCAUUUUCUGGAGCUGGUUGCCAAAGAGAGGAAAGCUCACUGGUAACCAAACCGAGAACUGGAUGAAGGAAAUGUAUGGACAUUAACAAUUACUCUCUGUGCUAGGAUUGCUCUUGUAAUUCAUAUGCUUGAUACCUAACUAUGUGAAGCUCAUUAAUCCAAUCAUUAUAAGCAAAUGUUUCACAGUGAAAGCAUAUUGUGCAAAAAACUAGAAUGAAGAUUGUAACUCUUUCACACUGACAGGAACUUAAACAACUACAGUAAAUGCUCUGGUUAUAUUUAGAACCACGGUGCUUUUAGUGAAAAGGACCAAAGGACUGUGGAGUGUCCAGCAUUUGGUUGUUUUGUCAUCUACUGCUUCUCUAUCAGUUUCUCUGGACAGUUAGGAGCUACUUACAUUGCUAACAAACCUCAACAUUAUUAAGAAGAUAAAAAUUCAUCUAUUUAUUUAUUGUUUGUACAUUGUUUUUCCCUAUUACUCUUAUGCUUACUUCCAGCAUAACAGUGUGAAGGUAAAAUCUGCAGUAUUCAGAUACAGUAGCGCUGAGAAUGGACUGGCCUUUUUCAAAUUUGGUUCAAAAAUAUGACCAGAGCAGUGCCAGAGUGAAAGAGUUCAUUUUGGCUUUAAUACUAUUAAAGUUUGCAAACUUAUAAAAAGAAUAUAACCAAUGCAAACUAUUUCUUUACCAAAACGUGAUUCACUCCAUGUUAAUGCAUGUGUAAAAAUCAAUGUUUUCCAAGAACGUUGAAGCUGCUCUUUAGCUUUUAUAUUACUGGUGAAAUAGCACCAUAAUUAUAAUGAAUUAUGUUCAUUUAUUCCGUGAUUCAUAAGAACCCGACCACAAUGAGAUGAUCAACAUAACACAUACAACAUUAAUGUAAGUGUGAAAGGAACAGUCAGAGUGACGUUGAUGUUUACGUGCAAAUAGAAUAUGAAGAUGUGCUGGAAGAGCAGUGUACUGACAUUUGAGCACAGCCUGGCUUCUCCAAGUGUUUGCAUACAUUUGUCAUCUCACACACAGUUUGCAGUCAAUUACGCAUGAAGCGGUAUCCAUCUGUUCGAAGUACCGAUCCAAACACUUCUGCCGUCAAAUCGGUGCCAACGUCUAAUAAACAAGAUCAAAUUAGUUUGAAGAAAACUUAUUUAGUCCACUGGAAACUUAACAAGGACAAUACACACGAAUGCAAAUAAGCUUUAAUCAGUAAUCAGGUAUAAUUGCAGAAUAAUACCAGGUGAGGUACAGUGCUCUAUAAUGUAAUCGCUUAUCUUUUCUUGUAUUUUUGUUCACUUUGUUCAAAGCAAAGAAAAGUGACUGACCAGAUAAUAUGAUGAAGAACUUGGAAAAUGUUUGGACAAAAUGUUAUAAAAGAAGUAUUAACUGAAAUAAUUAUCACACAUACACCUCAGUAUGCUAUAAAAAUCUUUAUGAAGUUAAA